AUGGGCCUGGGGCUGGCUGAUGAUAAACAGGGCCGAUGGGAGGAACAGCAGGGCAGUUGCCGGCUUCUUGUUAUCUCUGUCCUGCAGAUGCGGGUAGUGGCCGGCCGGCGUGAGGGAAAGCGCUUCUACUCCAUGCAGGAAGCACUUCCGCGGGGGCAAGCGGUGGGCAAGAAGCGGCGCCCCGCGAAGGUUUCGAACUGCUCGGAGGACGAGUACCAGGCCUUCCCGAUCGAGUUCAAGAGGGAGCUGACCCGGGAGCGACCCGCGGAUCUGAGUUCAGAGGCUGAGGCUGAGGCCGAGGCCCAGGCCAGGGCGGGGCCGCCAAGAAGGACGACGGGCCCUAGAGCACGGAGCAAGCGCUGCGGCGGCUUCUUGAGCUGGAAGAAGGGCCAGACAUCCAUGGUGACGCUGUUCAAGAACUCCCACAAGAAGGGCCAGUGCGGAGCCGGGCACAGGCCUCACUCCCCGCUGGCGAGGGAAGCCACCCCAAGUCCCCUGCCCGCCAGCCUUCUGGUCCCUGAAGCUGCCUGUAAUUAG